AUGGCGUUGCCUCUUCCCACCAUCGAGUCCGUCAAGGACUGCGCUUCUUUCUCGCACACCGUGCUCCCUUUUCUUUCACAGUUGACUGUCUUGCCGGAAAGGCUCCAGCUGGCAGCGACGGCCAAGGAUGUGGUCAUCCUGAAGGACAUCUACCUGUCGACCAACCCUUUUGUCUCGGCACUUGGCUUCUCCCUGCUGCUCUCCGCCUGGUUCCUGGUUUUCUCGGAGAUCACCCGCAACUAUUCGCAAGUUGAUCGUCUCUGGUCUCUCCUGCCUGCCCUGUACAAUGUCCACUUCGCCGUCUGGGCGCGCAUGUCCGGUCUCCGUACCCAGAGCCUGGAUACCAUCGCCGUUCUCACGGUGAUCUGGAGCAUUCGCUUGACUUACAAUUACUGGCGCAAGGGCGGGUACAAGAUCGGCGGCGAGGAUUACCGAUGGGAGGUUAUCCGCACCAGAAUCCCCAACCGCGCCGUCUUCUUCCUCUUCAACAUCACUUUCAUCAGUGUGAUCCAGUCGCUGCUCCUGCUUCUCCUCGCGGCCCCGACCUACAACUUCGUCCUACUUUCGCAGCGCCCCGACUUGAAGUCCUUCGAGCUCCCGGACCUGGCCUUCUCGCGCGUCGCCUUCUUCUUCCUCAUCAUUGAAUUCUUCGCCGACCAGCAGCAGUGGCAUUUCCACUGCGCCAAGCGCGAGUACCACGAUAACGCUCGCAUCUCUGGCCAGUACAAGGAUCAGUUCACUCAAGAGGACCUGGAGCGUGGGUUCGCCGUCACCGGACUGUGGUCGCUGUCCCGCCACCCCAACUUCGUUGCCGAGCAGGCCAUCUGGCUCUCUCUGUACCUGUGGAACUGCUACCGCACUGAGUCCUUCGUCCAGUGGACCGGUCUCGGCUUCGUUGGCCUGUUCUUCAUCUUCCAGGGCAGCGUCAGACUCACCGAGUCUAUCAGCGCCAGCAAGUACCCCGAGUACGCCGACUACCAGGCUCGCGUCGGACGCUUCAUCCCCCGUCUGUCCGUGGAGUCCAGGUCCAAGUACAGGGCGCCCACCUUGAAGAAUAAGCAGUUCCUCCAGGUGGAGAAGAAGCUCCCGACGGAGAAGAAGAAGCAGACCGAGCAGGCUUCUGAAGACCAGGAGAACAAGAAGGCCCAGUAG